AGUGACGAUCGUUUUUGCGCAUGCCCGACAGCCAUGGAUCUCAUCACCGCCCCUUUCACCGGCAUGGAUCUCGGGUUGAGUUUGACUACAGUGAUGGUAAGACAGCUUCCCAGUCAUUACACCCAACUGGAUUUGUUUGACCAGCUCAUCGAACGGGGAUUCAAAGGGACCUUCGACUUCCUUUACUUGCCCUACGACAAGAAGAAGGCCGUGCACAAGGGCUAUGGCUUUGUCAACUUCAUCCACCCCAUGUACGCCAUCAUGUUUCGCAUGGCAUUUCACGGCUGCUUCUUGAGCCCGUACAUGAGGAUGAAAAACCGCGCCACCUUUGUGGAACUUGCGGAGAUCCAGGGCUACGAGGCCAAUCUGCAGCAUUUGGCCAAAGCCCUGAAAGCAGACACGCACCCAGCCUUCAGGCCUCUCUUUUUUCGUCGUUUGGGCGACACUCCGAUGACAUCAGCUGAGACUACACCGCGGCUCCAUUCUGAACCGAUGUCGCUUAACUUCGACAAGUGCUCGGAUGACUUGUGCUCGGAGAGCUUUGUUGAGGAGGUGCCCUCCAUGAAGUUUUGGCUGUGAGGCACCAGGCACCUGUGGCCACUCUGAGAAUGGGCCUUUCGGUCCUUGGCCAGUCCCAAGAAAGGAGAACUACUGUGGGUUUUGCUUUGCCGAUUGUUGUGCUUUGUCACAUCUAUGAGGCAUUUUUGAGGCCAGGUGACCUUUCUCUUUUGACCAUCUGGGGCAAGAGAAAACGUUUGUUUGGCGUGUUGGCACUUUUCUCUCUUGAAGGGCAAGAGAGGAGUUGACCACAUGAGUGAGGGAGGAAAAGCCAGCUAGUGCGUGCUAG